CAAGGACAUCAAUUUGAGCUGUGCGUCAGGUUUAACGUGCGCCCUUUCUCCGGUCCAACUUUGUCCAAGUCGGUGGAAGCCCGGCGAGUCAGUCUGCGCUCCCGAGGCGGCGUGACAAGUUUGGAAAGAGGGGGAAAAAAGAGACUCGCAUCACUAUUUUUAAAUGUGAGAUUUUGGGGGCGUGGACGGCAGAGGAGCAGCGCUGAGCAUGUUGGCUCCUGGCUGCAGUUCCAGUGUGGUGAUGUGCCGGCUGGAGGAGGAACCCGACUACGCGUAGACUGAGCGAUCGGACGCGGAACUGUAUUGUGUCUGUCAAACCUCUGGACCCGAAUUUCUGUCAUUUUCAAAGCCCAUUUGGAUUUGUUACUUCAAUGCGCCGCCGUUGGGCGUUACAGGAGAUUUUCAGGAAGGAUAAUAAUCCGUGAAAACGUUUUGGAAGACGCAGCAGACGCCGUGCGUAACUGACGAAAUCUCGUCAAACAGCAAUUUGAAUGACAAUAGUUUGAGGCAACUGCGCUCUUAUUUGUCAAAGGCAUCAUUUUUGAAACCGACUGUGCGUGGUGAGUCAACGUGGGGGAGUAAAUUUGAUGUUUUCAAAUGACAUUUUGGAUUUGUCAAGUGGAACUGAAGUGAUUUUCAUUUGUAAAUAUUGACAGGUGUAGAAGUCAUUCUGACCGUGCUAGGAACAGCAUUUCAUUCACUUAAAGCUCUCUCUUUAUGGCUUAAAACAACGCGGACUCUAGAGGAUGGGAUGGUAACCAAACCAUCGGUAUGGAUGAUCCAAACACUGUGUAAUCCAGUUUUAUUUACUUUCCAAACACUAAGUGAAAGCGCACGUUUGAUUACCGAUCUUAUAAUGCGUUUGAAACGUUGACUGGGAAAGUCACCAUCACUUGUGCGUCUUUUACCGAGUUGUAGCCGAUAAGGCAACAGCCAAAAUGACAAGCAACGGACCUGUCAUCGUCUACGAGUGGCUGAAGACCCUCCAGCUUGCUCAGUAUGUUGAGUCCUUUGUGGAUAAUGGGUACGACGAUCUGGAGGUUUGCAAACAGAUCGGAGACCCGGACCUGGAUGCUAUCGGCGUGUAUAUCCCUCACCACCGGCAGAGGAUCCACGACGCGGUCAGGAGGCUGAAAGAGGACGCCCAGGAGACGGCCAGUGGACUCUACUUCACCCUGGAGCCCAUGCCACCUGCGGCUGAGAUUUACACCAGCCACAUGGUGGACCAGUACGAGUCCAGACUGCGGGGAUCCAAGUCCUGGACCGAGCCCAACAGUGACCGUGUGGGGCGUAAUGGUGGGUACUUGGGCGCGCAGAGGAACCUGACGCUCGGCAACAGGAGGGAGCUGGUGGUUUAUCCCAAGCUGAAGCUGAAGAUCAUGAUCAGGGAUAAGCUCAUCAGAGAUGGCAUCAACCUGGCUAAGCCUCCCUACUCUAAUAAGGAUGGUUCUCUGGGCAACAUAGAUGACCUUGCCCAGGAGUAUUCUGAGUACUACAACACCUGCUUCAGCGACGUCAACGACCGCAUGGAGGAGCUACGCAAAAGACGAGUCUCCCAAGAGCUAGAUAUGGAGAAACAGGACCCAAGCAGCACAUCCCUGCAGCUUCGUUCAGAGAUACAGGAGUCUUUAGGCUUCAGCAGCGAGGUGUCCACUCCAGAGACAGACAGAAAAAUGCCUCUGCACAAAUCCAGCUCUGAAGAUGGCUCUGGAGGUAAAUGGGACAAUAAGAAGAAGAACAAAUCCUUUUGGCAGAACUUCCGCAAGUCUCAGCACAAACCAGUUAUGCGGCAAACAUCCAAAGGAGAAGACAUUGGCUAUGUGGCCAGUGAGAUCACCAUGAGUGAUGAAGAGCGAAUUCAGCUAAUGAUGAUGGUUAAAGAGAAGAUGAUCACAGUGGAAGAAGCUCUAGCUCGGCUGAAGGAGUAUGAGCGCAGCAGACAGUCCAGCAGUACUGAAACUGCAGAGUGGACUGAUGGAUCUGCGGCCAAUCUUAACCAGUCCUCAAACUGCAACUCUCGUGAGCAGUCAGACGAUGAGCAAUCAGAGGAUUCUGUGAAGUUCAAGCGGCUCCACAAGCUGGUUAACUCGACCCGUCGGGUCAGGAAAAAACUCAUCAAGGUGGAGGAGGGCAAGAAACAUGGCUCUGAAGAUUUUCUGAAUUUGGAGUCACCCCCCACCUGUGAGGACAACACAGCUUUGUACACUGGGGUCCUAAAAAAGCCCCCUCUGCCCCAGGAGAUCUCCCUGCCAUCCCUCACCCAGGACCAGCUCUCUCUGGAUGGGGACACAGACAGUCUGACCAACUCCCCUUCCUCCAGUAGCCUGGACACCUGGUCUGGACACAAGCUGGUCAAAACCUUCAGUAAGUCUUCCAGCACCCACGGCCUCAUCCGCCCGCCCAAAAGAAGGGAGGCCGGAGGCUCCGUCUCCGGCGUGGGAGAAAGUGGCUCUUCUUUCUCGGAGCUGGAUGGCUGUGGAUUGGACGAGGAGGGAAAGCUGUCACGCUCCACGACAGACAGCGAGAUGCGGAAGGCCCUAAGCUCAAUCUCCCAUGGGAGAACGUGCAGCUUCGGGGGCUUUGACCUGUCCAACCGAUCGCUCCAUGUUGUCAACACAAGCUCAGAGGGCAACAAUAAAGACCAGGAGGCCAUAUACAGAGAAGUGGUCAAGUCCCCUACCACGUCUCGGAUCUCACUGGGCAAGAAGGUCAAGUCGGUCAAGGAGACGAUGAGGAAACGCAUGUCGAAGAAAUACAGCAGCUCCUUGUCUGAGCAGUCGAGUCCAGAUGGAACUCCUGGCUCCCCUCAGUCCCCGCAGCCCGACACUGACUCUCUGGAGAAGCCGAAGCUGAAGGCCGGAGGCUCGGUGGAAAGUCUGCGGAGUUCACUCAGCGGACAGAGUUCAAUGAGUGGUCAGACGGUGAGCACCACAGAUUCGUCAGCCAGUAACAGAGAGAGUGUGAAGUCGGAGGAUGGCGAUGACGAAGAGCCUCCAUACAGAGGACCCUUCUGUGGCCGCGCUCGAGUCCAUACAGACUUCACACCGAGCCCGUACGACUCCGACUCCCUCAAACUGAAGCGUGGAGAUGUGAUUGACAUAAUAAGCAAGCCGCCCAUGGGAACCUGGAUGGGCCUACUGAACAACAAAGUGGGCACCUUUAAGUUCAUCUAUGUGGACGUGCUGAGUGAAGAAGAGGAGAAGCCGAAAAGGCCUGUGAGGAGGAGGAGGAAGGGCCGACCCCCCAAGCCCAAAUCAGUGGAGGACCUGCUGGAGCGCAUUAACCUCAAGGAGCACAUGCCCACUUUCCUGUUCAACGGCUACGAGGACCUGGACACAUUCAAGCUGCUGGAAGAGGAGGACCUGGACGAGCUGAACAUCAGAGACCCUCAGCACCGAGCUGUGCUGCUCACCGCCGUCGAGCUGCUGCAGGAGUACGACAGCAGCAGUGAUCCGGAGCGCAGCGGCCUGUCGGGCUCCCAGGAGAAGCUGCUGUCGGAAGGGCGGGGCUUGGUGGGAGACUCCCCGAGAGACUCAGGCUGCUACGAGAGCAAUGAAAACCUGGAGAAUGGCAAGAGCAAAAAGACCUCCCGAUGCAGUCGUUCCUCAGCAGGUCUCCAGUCUCCGGACUACCCCACCCUGCCCAUGACCCUUUCAACAGAGGCGUUGCAGCAGAACGGCAAGAACCAGCGCAGCAAGUUCUCAAAAAGCUUCUUCAUCAAACCCUCCCUGAAGGGCUUCAACCUGCUGGGGCUGCGUAAAGCACAAAGACGGUCCCCCAUCCCGGCCAGCCGCAGCUGUGAGGACCUGGAUGUUCCUCUGCAGUCUGCUGGACCCUUUAAACGCUCCCACUCUCUCGGAGAUCUGCAGAACUAUGAACGGAAGGAUCUAGGGGUGGAGCUAAAACUUGCAAAGGAAGGACCCAAAUCCGGCAACAGUAGUCCAAACAGAGUCUUCAGAGAGGAGGCUUCUCAAAACCAGAAUGGGACUCCAACACUGAGCCCGAAAAGAAGGGCAGAUCGACCACCCAUCCCCUCCCAGCUGCCUCUUCGCCCCCCUUGUGCCGCUACCCAGUCCCCAAAUCCAUCAGAGCUAUCCAGUCCUACUCCCAGUCCACCCGAGUCAAGCGGGGAGAGGGUCAUCCGGACUCAUCCAAAAAAGCCGCCCGUCCCGCCUCCUGUUCCUGCCAAGAAGUCUAAGGAAAGAUUAGCCAACGGCCUGCGCCACCCCCCUCCUCUCUCCCUGCCUUCUUCACCGUCUCCCACCCCUUCACCCACCCAUUCUUUCGCCAGGUCUCACCCUAGCAGCCCCAUAAUCCGUAGUAGCAGCAGCAGCCCCAGCCACAGUCCCAGUGCCCCUGCUCUGCCCGCCAAGACCCUGAGCAACCCUGCCAGCCCCUGUACCACCACCUCCUCUGCCUCAUCCAUGGGCGAGGACUUAGGCAGUCCUCCGGCUGUGCAGCCUCCAUGGAUGUCAGACUUUGGGGGUAAGGUGGCAGUUUCAAGGAAGGCUUCACACACAAAAAUGAUCCCCGACCUGCUAACCCUUCUGGAACAACGGCUGGAGGCCGAGGGCAUUGAUUUGACGGAGGAGCCCUACUCUGACAAGCACGGCCGGUGUGGAAUCCCGCAGCCGCUGGUGCAGCGUUAUUCUGAGGAUCUGGAGCAGCCUGUCAAAGACGUGGCCUCGAACAUGGACCAGCUCCGAGUCAGAGAACUUCGUAAACAACACCGCAUGGCUAUUCCAUCUGGAGGUCUAACAGAGAUGUGCCGUAAACCUCUGCCUCCAGGUAACAUCCGCACAGUCUCUGAUUGGCUCAUCUCCAUCGGCCUGCCAAUGUACACAAGCUCUCUGACGGCGGCAGGAAUCGACACGCUGAGUCAUGUGGCCUUGUUAACGGAGAGGAGUGUGUGGGAGGCCGGGGUCCGGGAUGAAAGACACGCCCACCGACUUGUCAGUGAGGCACGAUUGGUCAGCGCACACAGACAGGUGCAGUCCUAAGUGUGUGGGCAGAGUCACUUAAAAAAACAGGUAUCAAGUCACUGGUCAGUGCCAUCUCAUUUAAACAUGGUUAGUAGGCGAAAGGCAAAUUGGCAACAAGACUUGAUUAUCACGCAACUGACCACAGCACUACAUUACUUCCUGUCUCGCACGUGUCAGAUGACUCAAAGCGAGCUAACCCUAAUCUCCAAUUUUCUCUCUUCAUCACUUUUCUCAAAUGUUUACACCAUUGAAGGGUUUUUUCUCCUGAGAGCCAAGACAGGAUGUCUGAUUAUUGCCUUUUCAAGAUAAAAGACUCACUGUGUGGGAUGGCUUCCACUCUUGAGGACACCCCCGAAAGUCUUAUAAUAAAGACUUGGAUUUGCCUUGAAGGAACAUUGCACACUCUUUUUGUAGGAUGGAUGUUUUUUAAGAUACAGAAAAAGGUGGUUUACUUCCUGCAUAUUUCAUAAGUGCUUCAUUUCCAAGUGUUUUGUGGCAUGGGGCCACAUUUUUCUGAGGGUCUUUUUAAGGAAGUAGCUCAGCCAAAGUGAUUUACUCCUCACUCAACACAUCAUUGCCACAUACAGGAAUUCAGCAAACUUCAUAUCUGGACUUUUAACCAACUAAAUACAUACACAAACUUUUAAGUUACUGGUCAUUUUGAGAAGGUAUGUUUUGUAUAAUUUUCUGUAUUAUAGGAUAAUGCAUAUCUUGAUUUUAAAAUGAUUUAUAUGCUAAAAUGUGUUUGUCUUUUGAAUGUUGCAGCCUUAUGUUGAGACAAGCUCUUGGUCAUUGCUAAGCUGAAACAGCUGACAUCACACUUUUAUAUUUCCAGUAUACUUAAUGUCCGCUUCUACUUUCUGUAUUUUGGAUGCACAGAAAGCGCUUUUACUUCAGUAAUCAAUAUCCCAUUUUACAGCAACAAUACAUUCCCUGUGUAUACAAGCACAUAUUGCGUUGCCUUACCAUUAUUAAAUACAACAUAUGUAUAGUUUUGACUAUUGCAUGACUGAGGUUAAAUUGUGCAAGCCUUUUCAUUCUGAAUGUGUCUGAGAAAAAAUUUUGUGAUUUUACGACCUCACACUCCACCGGAUAAUUUCAGUGAUGCACAUUUCUGUGGAACCGCGAAAAAUUCCUCUGAUGGAAUCGUGUUUUCUAUACUUUGCGAAGCCACAAAACCACAAGCCCGACAUUGACGUCGCCCCAUGUUUAACAUUCCUCUAACAUCCCAAAGCUCACUGUACAUAGUCCAUGUUGUGGGACGAAGAGAAAAUAUUUCAACGACACAGCUGAUAUCUGCGCCGUCAUAUAUGGAAUUUAUUGGACUGUCUACAGUGUUGAGGAAUUAGUUUUAUAGCUGAUAAAAUGCUGUUUGGGACUUUUUUUUUAACAUAAUGUAUCCAUGAUCAAUGCUGGACUGGAAUUCUUAAUAGGAUUUUUGUUAAAGACGAGGGUAGAUGGUAAAAACGGUUAUAUCAGCAGAGCAGAUGACCUCAAAGGUCAGCGUACACAUUAUGACACGAAGUAGUCUCGCAAAUCAGGGAGAAUUAUGUAAGAAGAGCUUGUUGUGAAAAAAGACUAUGGGAAAAUAAAUUAAACCAGAAAUUAAUUAUUUAGCAAACAUUAAAGAAUGUGCUUUUUUCUCCUUGAAUUUCUAACAGUAAAGUUUUGUCUUUCACCUUCAGAGAUGAAAAAAAAGACAUGUUCCAAGGAUUUAACAAUUGAAAUUUGAGAAGGUGGUUCUAUUCUUUUAUUUUUUUUACUUAAGGGUUUUUUUUUUUCUUUCUCUCGUUUUGAAUUGAAAACAUUUUCCAUGAUUUCAUUUGUAAUUAUUUGACCAAGUAUUAUUCCUGAAAUUUGCAGAUUUAGUUUAUUUCAAGGUGCAAAAAGUUUGAUGCCUUUUUAUUUUUCUUUCUUCAAUCAAAGUGGUGCUCUGAGAAAGCGAGUAGGGUGAGGGCCGGGUCUUUAAAAAAAAGAUUUAAAAAAAGAAGAAGCAAAAGACCCAACAAGUGUUUUGUAAAAAUGAAAAUACUGACACUGUAAAUGCACUUUAGAGGAGAAAACAAGCUGUUUUAUAAAAGCAAAUUGGCUACAUUUUGUUCACAUGUCCAUAAAUGGACGCUUGUUGUCAGGUUUAAAGGGUUUAAAGUGGGCUAUGCUGGUGUUUUAUUUUAGUUCCCAUUGCCAAGUUUUCUAACCAUUCACGGGUUAACCUGCUCAACCUCUUCACUCCCGGCUUGUUUUUGCAUACUUACAAAAAAAAAAGAAUUCUUAAUUACAUAUAUGAAAUGGUUAACAGAAGUUGCACAUUCUGUAUAUGUAAUUGAUAUUUAAAUAACUUAUUUUAGCUUUUUAUUUCUUAUCACCUGUAAUUAGCUGUACUAUAUGAAUAGCAAUACCUUCCUGCAUAAUGCAUAUUGCUUUAGCCAGUGAGGAACUACAGUAUGUAUUGUAAAAUAUCUGUACAAAUUAUUUUAUUUGGUUUUCAUCUACCUAAUGAUUGUCCAUACAGAUUUGCUUGUGUAUUGAAACAACAAAAAGUAAUGUCCAUAGCUAUUUGUCAUUCUGAAACAUAAUAAAAACUGUUUCUUGCCAUA